UUCUUUUCUCUUCCUCUCUCCAUUCUCAACUCUCGCGCACUGCUACCCCUCUUCAUCCAUCUCGUGUCAAUCUCCCUUCUUUCCUUCUCCACACCUUAAAGGAGAUGACUCGAUAAGUCCUACAUGAUGCGUCAUCUCUUAUCACUGCUCGUGCUUUUGGUCGCAUCGGCCGCUCUGGUCUCCGCCGUCCCCGCCGGCUCCAUUAUCACUCCACAACCGCCCGUCGAGCCCGUCCACCUUCUCUCCUCGCGACCAUCUGACCCCAAACGGCCUUGGAUCCGGCUCCGGGACUGGAUCAUCGAGUCCAUCUGGGGUAUUGACAAGCCCUCGGCUCGUCAAUUCCCACUCAAUGAGUCCCCGCGCGGUCGCGCCCCUCCAUCCCGGGUCCUGGCGCGCUACGGCAGUGAUGUCGUACUUCGUUUCAACCUGCGCAACGAAGAUGAGGCGGAGGCAUUGGCCCAGGCAGCUGAUAUUCUCUUCCUGGAUGUGUGGGCAUCUACCCCAGCAUUUGUGGAUAUCCGCCUGGCCGAGGAAGUCAUUCCUUCGCUACUAGGCUUGUUACCAGAUUCCCUCCAAACCGCGUAUACCCCCCUCAUGGACAACCUGGCGGAGAUGAUCUACACUUCCUACCCAACGCGAAAGCCGAUAGGGCUCGAAGGACAAUCCGGUUUCGCCCACUCGGGUCGGUCCGCGGCGCAUUUCGGUGACCUCUUCUUCCACGAGUAUCAACCUCUUACCGUCAUAAUUCCCUGGAUGCGAUUGCUGGCUUCAAUGUUUCAGUCCCACGUGCGCAUGAUCAGCGUAGGAGUGUCCUACGAAGGUCGCGAGAUCCCCGCACUUCGACUGGGCGCAGGCAGCUCCACUGCAACGUCGGGCCCUCGUAAAACGAUCAUCGUAGCCGGGGGCAGCCACGCGCGCGAAUGGAUCAGCACGUCCACCGUGAACUACGUAAUGUACAAUCUCAUUACUAAGUACGGUAAAUCAAAGGCCGUCACCCGCCUUCUGCAGGACUUCGACUGGAUCAUGAUCCCUACCCUCAACCCAGACGGCUACGUCUAUACCUGGGACACCGACCGGCUAUGGCGCAAGAACCGACAGCAGACUAGCCUGCGCUUCUGUCCCGGGAUUGACCUCGACCGCGCCUGGGAUUUCGAGUGGGACGGCGAUCGGACCCGCUCGAACCCGUGCUCGGAGAAUUAUGCGGGAGACGAACCCUUCGAGGGCAUGGAAGCCCAGCAACUAGCACGCUGGGCGCUCAACGAGACACAAAACAACAAUGCGAAUAUUGUGAGCUUCCUCGACCUUCACUCCUACUCUCAGCAGAUCCUCUACCCAUUCUCCUACUCCUGCUCCUCGGUUCCGCCAACCCUCGAGAGCCUGGAAGAACUCGGUCUUGGCUUAGCCAAGGUCAUUCGGUACGCGACCCACGAGAUCUACGAUGUAUCUUCUGCCUGUGAAGGCACCGUCACCUCCGGAGCAGCGGAUGGCAACCCGGGGAGAUUAUUCCCCAUUGGCGGCAGUUCUGGAGGCAGUGCCCUGGAUUGGUUUUACCACCAACUGCAUGCGACCUAUUCGUACCAGAUUAAGCUUCGCGAUCGCGGAAGCUACGGAUUUCUCCUUCCAUCCGAGUACAUCAUCCCCACCGGCAAGGAGAUCUACAAUGUUGUUCUCAAAGUAGGCUCCUUUCUAGUGGGGGAAAGCUCGUUUGAGUCGGACUUGAAAGCAGAACUCUACGACCUGGAAACGGAGACCGAUCCCGAUAUCCUCAUCAACAGCAACAAUCAUGCAAGCUUCAGUACACACUCCUUAGUAGAUACACAAAAGGCCAACGACCCACUUUCUGACCUCGACGACGACGAAUGGGAUGAAGAGGUGGAAUCGGAGUACCGGACCGCCGAACACUUGUUUGAAUUCCGACGAUGAUCAAACAGUUACCUACCUAUUCAUCCUCACGAAUUACUCUCUCUCCCACUCUAACACCAUUUCUCUCCUUGAUACCGGACCUUGAUGAUGACCAGUAAUGACUAAUGACGGGUUUACGGGACUGGUUAGGUUCUUUUUUCCACUGUUCUUUGACUUUCUCACUGUUUAGAUAAGUGCCUACCUAGUACGUGGCAUAGGGACAUUCUAUAAAUAAUAACCCAAUUCCAUUGUACCACU